CAUUUCAAGUGCCAUUUAGAUAGGUUCCGGAGGUUCCACAUUCCACUCAUGAAAGACGGGAAUUCCUGAGGCUGGGCGCUGAUGUUUGCCCAGGCUCAUUGAGGCUCACAACCCCACCAACUUGGGUACCUUAGCUAGCUGUCAAAAGAAGUCACGGUCACUCUUGUUGAUCUAAUCGUGCCUUUCCCCUCACACAAUCCGUCCCCAGACGUAGGCAAAGUUGCUGAAGAAUCUAACCGACUGGGCUGGCGACCGUCUCCGUAUUGAUAGAGAGUGUGAGGUUUCAUUAGUUUCUUUCUAGUUUGAAACAAUUAAAUCCUUCACGAUGGGCAUCAACAAUCCUCUCCCAUCGUCUAUGGCGUCGGAGUGCAAGAAAUGCGGCAAGAUUUUGGCGUCUUUUAUCGAUCCGCGCCAAGCAUAUGGUCCCGACAAGGUCAUACCGCCACACAUUUUGGCAGAGGCCAAGGGACUUGCCAUCCUCACCGUCAUCAAGGCUGGUUUUGUGGGCAGUGCUCGGUUCGGCAGUGGUCUUGUGAUCGCCCGCCUUCCGGAUGGCUCGUGGAGCGCCCCGAGCGCCAUCGCCACGGGCGGCGCCGGCGUGGGCGGACAGAUCGGCUUCGAGCUGACCGACUUUGUGUUUAUCCUUAAUGAUGCCGCCGCCGUCAAGACCUUCAGCCAGAGCGGCAGCCUGACCCUCGGCGGCAACGUCUCCAUCGCCGCCGGCCCCGUCGGUCGCAACGCCGAGGCCGCCGGCGCCGCCAGUUUGCGCAGCGUCGCGGGCAUCUUCAGCUACUCAAAGACCAAGGGUUUGUUCGCCGGUGUCUCGCUCGAGGGCUCUGCCAUCGUCGAGCGCAAGGACGCAAACACCAAGAUGUACGGCCGCCCCAUCAGCGCGCAGGAGCUACUGACGGGCGGAGAGCGGGCUCCCCCGGCCGCCGCUCCGCUCAUCAACAUCCUCACCUCGCGCGCCUUCAGUGGCGCCGGCCGCAGCGGGUCCUUCAACGACGGCAUGUACAAUGAUACUCCCCAGUACGACAGCCACCGCGAUAACGUUGUCUGGGAGGGUCGGAGGGGAAGCGCGCACGGGGAGGCAGCAUCGUCGAGAGAUGCGGGAGCAGGGGCCAGUGAGUUUGGUGCGCCGAAGCGGUCUGCAACAUGGCAGCACAAUACCUCCAACAACAGCGAUGUAUACGAGCCUCCCCGAUUCGGCGCAGCUGGAGUAUCAAGGUCGAACACCGUGAACGAUGCGAGGACCACUUCGGCAUUUGGUGCCUCUGCUGCUGCUGGUGCCGCCGGGUCUCGUGGCCCAAAACCUCCGGUUGCUCCGAAGCCCAAUUUUGCCAGCAAGCAGGCACUGCUCCAAAAGAACCAGGCCGUAGCCCUCUUCACCUUCGAAGCCGACCAACCAGGAGACCUCGGUUUCAAGAAGGGUGAGAUUAUCACAGUGGUCAAGAAGACAGACAGUGAUAAUGAUUGGUGGACCGGCAUGAUAGGUACCAGGCAUGGUACUUUCCCAAGCAAUUAUGUCAAGAUGCAAUCGUGA